UUUCUUUUUAAAUAUUUUCUAUUUGAGAAUAUGUUGGACAAAGAAAACAAUUCUAAUCUCUUUUCAAUAUUCGCCUGAAUUUCAUCGAGAAUUUCAUGAUAAUCUGAGUAAUCGUAUUUUCUGAAUAGAUGGCCAAUACAACGCAAUGUGUUGCAAUCAAAUUAAUUCUAAAAAAUUUAAACCAGUUUGAUUAUGGAUUAUAAUUAAAUCACCAAUAUUCAAUCGGUGAUUUUCUAAUAUUCCAUUACAAUUAAUCAGUGAAUAAUUAUCACCAUGUCUUCAAAUUUUCGAGUGAGGCCAUUUGUUGAAGAGAUUUCAACCCUGAGAAGUGUCAUGAGAACCAUGUUGAUGAAAACACUACAAAUGGGAGACCAUUUUGUCAAGUGUCACGUUGAAUGGCAUUUAUUUACUAGUUGGAUGGAAAAUGCUUUUACUAAUGUCAUGCGAACUCUUGACCGGAAAGAGUCUGACCUUUAUUUUCAAAAAUUUAAUCCAGGUCUUAAUGUUGACCAAGUGGUUGGACUUAUCAUUAAGAAUGAAAUGCUUGAGAAAACAAUUAAUCGUAUGGUAUCACAAGCAUUGGAAAGCACUGACCUUGGGAAGCAUCUUAAAGAUUUGGGACGAUCACGAAUUUAUUUGACUAAAUCAUUACAAGAAUCUCAAAAAAACAAUUUAACCGCAGCCUUGGACCAUAUCAAUAAAGCCAUUUUAUUGGCUCCAUUUCCAGCUGAAGGUGUUGACCAUCAAAGUAAAUCCCAGUUAGCGUUUUGUUUUAUGACUCGAGCGCGUUUACUUAGAAAAUUAGGCCAUUACCAGGGUUGUGAACUCGAUCUAGCUGAAGCUUUACAACAUCCCGUUGAGAACAAUGGUAAAGUUAGUUAUCUUGAGAAAAUUGCCGAAGAAAUUGCCAGUUUGACCGCUGUUGGUGCCAGUUACGCUCCUCCUAAUAGCGCUCUCAAUGUCGUCAGAAAAUUUUUCAACGUAGACGCGGUUAACGAUCGCGUCCAUGGAGCUGCUCAACAUAUUUAUCUCAGUUACAAUGAAGUUGUGGGUCGAACUUUGAUCACCAAAAAGGAAGUCAAACCUCAAAUGACCAUCAUUGCAGAGGAACCUUUUUGCGCUUGGUUAGCGCCUUUUCAUUAUAACAAAUAUUGUUCCUUUUGUUUGAGUCCACUUGAACAGCACUUUUUCCCGUGUCGAAAAUGUAGCCUUGUUCGUUACUGUUCAUCUAAUUGUGAAGAAGAAUGUUGGAAAUCUUACCAUUCAAUCGAAUGUAAAUUCAUGCCCAUUCUUCGUAAUUUGGGUGCAGGUCAUUUUGCACUUCGAUGUAUAAUCACCGCUGGAGUCGAUAAAAGUUUGGCCACAUUAAGAGCCUCGUUAAGCAGCACUGAGAAUCAAAAUAAGACUAAACCUUGCAAAUCAUUUCAAAACGAUUAUCGUGAUAUUUUCACUCUUAUGGCGAGAGACAAUGAAGCAGCGGUGAUGCCCAAGAUGGCGUUUUUGUCCACAUUUCUCGCUUAUUUGGGUAAAUCGAUGGAUUUGAUUGGUGAAAGUUCAAUUCAUCAUUUGGCUGCUCUAAUUUAUCGACAACUUGGAAUCGGUUAUUUAAAUUCAUUCUUCAUUUCUGAUCAUGGAUUCAGUCAAGUAGAAAGAGGUGAAACAAUUGACAUAAGAGAGAUCGGCAUGGGUCUUUAUGCCAGUGCUUCAUUAUUGAGUCAUGCUUGUGAUCCUAAUUGUGAUAAACUGUUCGUUAGUAACAAGAUUCUAAUUGUCGCCAAACGCGCUCUAAAAGAAGGUGAAGAGAUCACUAUUUCCUAUGGACCAUUAAAAGAAGUCCAUCCGUACGCAAAGAGACAAGAAAUGUUGGAAACAACUCAUUCAUUUAAAUGCGUUUGUGAUCCUUGUUCCAAACGCGAGUGAUUUAUUUUAAUUGUUAUAUUUACUUCAUUACCUCUUUUUGCUAAUCACAAUCAACUUAAUUAUCUUCCUUUUGACAUAUAAAACAUGAUACAUUUCCAAAUCAUGUCCGACAAAACAAAUGACAACUAAAUUAAAACGGGUUAUUUUCGUAUUCAUAUUAAAAGAUUGACUAAAGUUGCUAAAUCAA